AUGGCUACUGACCCAGCAUCGUUGAUUUCGGUCGGGUCUCUGAGUGCAAUAUUCGACGAAUCAAAAACAACAGAAAGCGAACCCAUUGUUCAAUGUGUCCAGAUCAAACCGCUAGCUCCUCAGCCCAACGGUCAAGAGCGGUACCGAGCGGUUUUCAGCGACAUCUCUAAUUAUGUACAAACUAUGAUUGCUACCCAAGCGAAUCACCUCGUCAAAGAUGGAAUUUUGAGAAAAGGUUGCCUCGUACGACUAAAGUCCUUUCAGUCAAAUGCUAUCAAAGGCAAGAAAAUACUUAUCAUACUCGAUCUCGAAGUCCUUCAACAUCUCGGCGAAUACGAGAAAAUUGGGGACCCCAAACCGCUGGAAACCAAAGUCGAAGAUGAGGAGAAAACCACACCAACGAUGAUAUCUGGAAACGGAGUGUACAGUACGAAAGCACCAACCGGACAUGGUACUCACAACCUACGCCAGACAUCGUCUUCUGGCCACGCAACCAUUUAUCCCAUUGAGGCUAUAUCCCCCUAUUCUCACAAGUGGACGAUAAAGGCACGCUGCACAAGCAAGUCGGCUAUCAAGACGUGGCAUCGCAGUAACUCAGAAGGCAAACUCUUCAGUGUGAAUCUAUUGGACGAUAGUGGCGAGAUCAAGGCGACUGGGUUCAAUGAUCAGUGUGACUUGCUUUAUGAUAUUUUCCAAGAGGGCUCAGUUUACUAUAUUUCAAGUCCAUGUCGAGUGCAGAUCGCUAAAAAGCAAUUUUCGAAUCUUAACAAUGACUACGAGCUCACUUUUGAGAAGGACACUAUUGUUGAAAAGGCUGAAGAUCAGGACAGUGUUCCUCAAGUCCGAUUCAACUUUACUACCAUUGGUGACCUUCAAUCAGUCGAGAAAGACACAACAAUUGAUGUUAUUGGUGUUCUGAAGGAAGUCGGACAGACCUCGCAGAUUACAUCUAAAACGACGAACAAGCCUUACGACAAACGGGAUCUAACUCUUGUCGACAAUACCGGAUUUUCCGUCCGCCUGACAGUCUGGGGUAAUUUAGCCACAAAUUUCAAUACCUUGCCUGAAUCAGUAGUCGCAUUCAAGGGCGUGAAGGUGUCUGACUUUGGGGGCAGAAGCCUGAGUUUGCUCAGCUCUGGCACCUUCACCGUUGAUCCGGACAUCGAAGAGGCUCACAGGCUCAAGGGCUGGUACGAUGCACAAGGAAGGUCUGACACUUUUGCAUCCCAUGCUUCAAUGUCAGAUGGGGUCACUUCUGGCGGCGGGAAGCUGGACCAGUACAAGACGAUCGCUCAGAUUCGUGAAGAGCAGUUGGGAAUGUCAGAAGCCGCCGACUUUUUCUCUUUGAAAGCAACUAUCAUUUACAUCAAACAAGACAACGUGAGCUAUCCGGCAUGCCCUUCACAGGAUUGUAACAAGAAAGUUAGCGAACUAGAUCCUGGUCAAUGGCGUUGUGAACGAUGCGACAAGACAUAUCCUAAACCGGAGUAUCGUUACAUCAUGCUUAUCAAUGUUAGCGAUCACACUGGUCAACUGUGGCUGAACUGUUUCGACGAAGUUGGAAGACUUAUAAUGGGCACAACGGCAGAUGAUUUGGUAAACAUGGAAGCUGAAAACAAGUAUGAGUCCAGCGAGCUGUUCCAGGAGGCCAAUUGUCAGACAUGGAACUUCCGCUGCAAAGCAAAGAUGGAUCACUAUGGCGAACAGCAGAGAAUUCGAUACCAGAUAUCCUCGGCCAGGCCAGUCAAUUAUUCCGAUGAAGCUACACGAUUGGCGAAUCUCAUCCAGUCAUAUAGUUUUGCAUGA